AUGGCUCAUAAUUCCAGCCCUGUUCUCCAACGAGCUUCAUCCGCAUCAUCCGCAUCAUCUUUUAGCAACGGCGUUACUCCAUUCUUACCCGCUGAAAACAUGAUUGAUCCCACCUGCAUUCAUGGCAUUCUGCACCACGAAUGCCAGUACUGCGACUGGCGGUUGGCCCCUGGGUUGAUCGAGAAUUUUGGAGCUCACACAUUCGACCCGACGGCAUCGACUCGAGUCGAUUUCCGCGCUACAUCAUCUAACGCCACAACCGUUGAAGAAGCUGUCUCGAACAACAAUGGCGACGAGACCGAUGACGGGGAAACUUUGUUCCAGAUCGAAUUCGAUCGCAUCGCGCCUGGCGAGCUCACGUUGACGCAGGAAGCCGUCGGGGACAGUCCCUUGGGCGGGACAGGCUCCACCCAGAGCGGAACUGGGAAGGUGAUCAUUCACCAAGAGAAGGAGGAGAAGACGAAGAAGUAAGAUAGAAGCCGGGGUGAGACUGCGAUUCUGUGUGGAGCGGAUGUUCUCAUCUGCGCAACUGUGGCCUUUAUAGCUUUUCAUGUGCUGUACUAGAAUGGAAUCUGAUCUACCACUGUACUUUCUCCUCUCUUGGGCACGCCUGGCGUGUAUAUUGCGGAAUCGUGACGUGUUCUCCCACUG